CCCCAUCCGUAAAAGUGGACUAGGCCUAUUAAACAAGAAAGAUGGCGGAAGCAAGCCGCGAGUUUUUUGACAGGUCAGGUCUCGCGGCUACUAUCGCCAGGAAUGUCUCCAAUCUUGAAGUUCUACUCAACAUGGGGUUUCCUAAAGAGAGGGCGGAGAAGGCUCUAGCAGCUACAGGGGACAGAAGUGUCCAGCUGGCAUCUGAUUGGAUCUUUGCCCAUGUGGAUGACACCAGUCUGGAUGAAAAAGUCCCGAGGGAGUAUGUGCUGUUCGCCUGUCCCACAGGGCCACUGGUCACACAGCUGGACGAGUACUCGGAGAAAACCCUGGUGCAUUGUGGGAGGAACGGAUCCCACAACUCCUUCCCUCACGUCACGCUCUGUUCAUUUUUUGCGGUCCCAGACUCCACGGUCCCAAAGGUAGUCCAUGCAGUAUUGACUGUGGCAGGCAGACUGAGCUGCAGGGAGGUCCCAGCAAAGGUGUCGCUGGACUUCUACUCCUCCAGCAGUUUUGUGGGUCUGUUUGUGGACGACAGAAGUGCAGCGUUCCUGAGGAAUGCCAGCCAGGAGUUUGCCAAUGAAGUUCUAAAGACAACAGGAAUAGAGGUGAAGGCCCACAAGAAGCAGCUCCACAUCACCCUGGCCUACCAGUUCAACCCCAGCCAGCAGAAGAAGUUGGAGGAGUUAGCCAGAGACAUCGACACCUCCAUGCCUGCACAGUGGGACCUCAGGCUCUACUCACGGGACACAAGGAGGGCAAAGUCAGAUGUGGUGAGAGUUGUCCAUCCUCUGCCCCCCUCUAAUGAUGACGAGCUGGAACUUGUCAGAGGAGACUAUAUCUACUUAGAGCCUGAUGAGCUGGUGAGCAGCAGUGAUGGGUGGCUGAGGGGGGUGUCCUGGCUGACUGGGUGUGCGGGGCUUUUCCCUGGGAACUACACGGAAAAAGCAGCUGAGACAGACACAUGGACUCUUCACAGAUGUGUUCCUGUCAUUUCCCUGCGAGGAUCGUCUUCCACCAGAGCUUCAGCCCCCCCACUGUCCCCCACCCAGCUUCCACCACUGCCCAGUGAACCCUCCACUCUCUCCAGCACCACCAGAGCACCUGUACCUGACAGGAGAAAUGGUCCUUCAAGGCCUCCUCUGGAAGAGAUGUAUUCCCAGGUACAGAAGUCCAGGCCUGUCAGUAACAGUAAGCCUGCCCCACCCCGGCAGCUCUACAUCCUCAGACACGGGGAGAGGGUGGAUGUGGUGUUUGGGAAGAGAUGGAUGAACGCCUGUUUUGUGAAUGGUGAAUACAGUCAGCAGGACCUGAACCUUCCCAGAAAACUCCCCAGCAGAGAAGGCAGCCCGUUGAGUUUUGCAGAGGACAGCCCUCUGACUGAGAUGGGCUGGUUUCAGGCACGGCUUACAGGUGAGGCAAUGAAGAGAGCAGGUGUGCACAUCAGCCAGGUGUACUCCUCCCCAUCUCUCAGGUGUGUGCAGACUGCUGAUGCCAUACUGGAUGCUCUAGGGCUCAGGUCAGCCAUGAAGAUCCGUGUUGACCCAGGUCUGUUUGAGUGGCUCUACUUCUACAAAGCCAGCGGGCUCCCAAAGCUGAUGACGAUGAAGGAGCUUUUAGACUUUGGCCUGAAUGUUGACCCCACCUACCACCCCAUAGUUCCGGUGUCAGACUGGUCUCGGACCGAGGAUGUCGUGCAAUACUACCAGCGUAACCACACUGUCGUCCAGUCAGUCCUUGGAUCCACAGAUGGUAACACUCUCAUCUGCGCACAUGCGGGCUCGCUGGACAGCUGCUCACGCCACCUGCAGGGGCUGUCCGCACGCACGCAGCGUGAGGCCGUCAAGCUCAUGGUCAAGAUCCCUUACUGCGGCAUGGCCGUGUUUCAGGAGGUGAAGGAAGCAGGGAUCUGGGACCAGGUGGAACCCCCCAUCCACACCCUCACACACUCACCCAACCACAAGUUUGACUGGAGAGUGCUGCAGUCAUAGAAUCACCUGCUAGGGGGCACUUUUAUGUCAGUAUUCAUACACACCAGCCUGUGUGCCUGUCCUAAAGUAAAGUGUAGAUCAAUGCCAAAUAGGCCUGCAUUGUCAAAAUUUAGAAAUGCAAAUACUAUAACUAUAACUAUAACUAUAACAUUAAGACACAAAUAUUACUAAUAUUAGAUAAUAUACAGCCUCUCUCAGAUAGGUCCAUUUGCUAUUUGCCAAGCUAUCAUUGGUUGAGCUGCUAAUUGUGAUGGACAGCCAAGAAGAGUCUAAUAGGGUUUUUGGAAUGCCAGAUUGGCAGCUGUAACAUUAUGUAGUAACUAGCCCUUGCAACUUCCUACAAUGUUAGUAUAACUGCAAAUACAAUGAGAAUCUAUGCUCAUAUGAAAACACAAUAUCUUGUCCAAUGGUUACGGGACAAUGGAACUUUUUUUAGGGGCCUUGGCUGCUAUUUUUGUCAAAUAUCUUGUACCCAAGUUUUAUCUACUUGGAUAUUUUUUGUUAUUUUUGUAAAUGCUAAAUAUGUCAGUGACAGCUUGAAGAUGAUUUAAGUGAUGUUUUGUCAUAAAAGUGUUACAUUUUAGACUGCUACCAUGCCAUAGUUAAGGUACAGAUGUAUACCUCUAAAUAUUCUAGUAUACUAGGGUUUAAAUUACUUAAAGUGAACAAAGCAGAAACUGUGCUAGAAUAAUUAUUCAAAAUCUACAAAUAAAUGGGAAUAAUUUAGAUAAAAGUUAUAUCAUAUAAUAUUAGGAGAUAACACGCAGUGAGACUUGGUGUCUGGUGCCAUAAUAUCUGGGUUCAAAUUCCAUAUUAGAUUGUAAAGCAAUUUUUGUGUCUAAGCCACCAUUCCAAAUUUUAAGAAAGAAAUCAUUUCUGACCAACUGAAUUCUUAUGAGAAGAACAUUAUCAUUCCAGUGCCAUGAUUUCUUUGGACCAAUUCCUUGAAAAGUGUUUU